UGCCACCCAAUGCGGCCAACUCGCUUGCUGUGUGUCUCUUCCCGAGCCAUCCGGGCCAGGUGAGCAUCGUACUAUCCCGUAGCCGGCCGGCCUUUCCAAGACUCUUGGAUACAUAAUAUGUUAACUCAGUGACCGAUGCGUCCCAUGAUGCCGCACUACCCAAUAGAGUUGGCAGUCGGACUUACGAUGAUCUUUCUCAGCGUCCUUCCUGGGAUCCGAGAUCCGACAGGUGCCAGAUUUUCAAGUCUCAACCCGUCCCUGCAUGCAUCUUCCGCACUGAACCUGGUGGCCCAAGACAGGUGUGCUGCUCGUGCGGUUCUUGUAAGGUUGCAAAUUGCGUAUUUAUGGACGAUAUUCACGGCCACCCGAUUCAGGGUUCCUGCUGCGUUCGGCCUUUGGUCCGGUCUGGUGUCAACGCCCCCCACAUCUUGUUUUCUCGUCACCUACAUCUUUCUAUUUCCUGGCGGCAAAGGGUUGUAGCGUGCCCCUCGGCAGAGCAUGCUAAAAACGAAGUUACCGUCUUCAGGUUUGCCUCGUUGUACGCGACCCACGUGUUUAUUGACUUUUGGAUACACCUCUGACUCCAAAUGUGGGAAAGAUCGGCAGACAGCUGCAUCGACUUUGUGUGAAGUGGAGAGAGCGGGGGACGGGAAGAGCGGCUGAGCUUGGAGACGGGCC